AGACAGAAAAAGCGAGUGGGGAGAGAGAAACCCCUGUGUUAAUGGCGUUUGGGGGUUUUAGUAAGAACUCAGGUCCAUCAGUACCAAUUGGAAAUCAAGCUCCAUUCCCAACAAUUCCCUCUAAUCUUCAAACUGAAUCUCAAUCUCACCAAAGAUCUCCAAGUUUAACUGGUGGUGGUAGAUUGGGAACUCCUGGCACGAGUUUUUCUACUGAUUUUAAUAACAAUAGGGUUUCUGAAGUUCCACAAAGGUUUCAAUCACCUCCACAAAGGUUUCAGUCAUCUCCAUUAGAUGGUGGUGGAAAUAACUCUAAUGGAAGAGGUGUUUUUAGCUCUUCUGGAGAAGCCUUGAGGCCCACAUCCGCAGUAUUUCCUCCUGGUUGGGUUAAUCAAUCAAAUGAUGGCUCUUCUUUUCAAACUCAUCAAAGGUUAUCCACAAGUGAACUAUAUCCUGGUUCGCGUAAUGUUGCACCUAGAAUUUCUGCCGGACCUGUCAACCCUCAAGCUCCAAAAAGAAACAGAUCACCUCCUUUCCCUAAUGAAGGGCGUCAAGAAGACUUCGGUGUAAGUUUUAAUGAGAGGUCCACGCCGAUGCCCACAUUAUCUCCUCCUGGUUGGGUUAGUCAUUCAAAAGUGCCAAUUGAUGGUUCUAGUUUCCAAUCUCGUCAAAGGUCUUCCCCUGUUGAACCUAAUCUUGGUUCGCGUAAUGCUGCAACCAAUAUUACUGCAAGACCUGUCAACUCUCAAGUCUCGAAAAGAAACAGAUCACCUCCUUUUCGUUCUGAAAUGUCCACCCAAGAAUCCACUGUGGGUUUUACUGGAAGGUUAGGAACCCCAACAGAAUUGCGACAUUCUCCUCCCCAUAAUGGGAGUUCAAUAGAUCAACAAAGAAUGUCGUCACCAACUUUUGGAGGCAGAGGCGUUGUUUCAUAUGAAGAUCUUGAUCAACCUGAAGAGGUUCAGAUGUCAAAUACCAUUGGUGCGAGCAUUCGAGAUCCAAGAGGCAACAGGUCACCUCCUUUACAAUCUUCCAGUAACGUUCAUUCUAGAGAUUCUCGUGCGUCUCACAAUGAAUCUGAAAGGUCAAACACCAUGGCUGCCAGCUUUCGAGAUCCAAGAGGCAACAGGUCACCUCCUUUACAAUCUGCCAGUAACUCUUAUUCUAGAGAUUCUCGUUCACCUCACAAUGAAUCUGAAAGGUUUGUAUCUUCUCCGGAUUUGGGUAAUAAGUGGGAUUAUGUUUCAAAUAAACAAUCCCAACAAAACUCCUCCAAGUUCAUACCUGACCUUGCCGAGUCUGCUGGAGCAAGACCUAGAAGCUCUCACGUUUCCAAAAGAAACAGGUCACCUACUCAUGUUACUGAUGAAUUUCUUCAUGGAACUAACAAUGACAGCCAAGAUGAUACUGAAAGGGAAACGCAAGCGAAGGCAAAGAGAUUGGCCCGUUUCAAGGUUGAACUCACUGAACCAGCAGAGAGCAGUCCUGAUGUUUUAAGGAAUAAGCAGGAUCAAGCUAUGGCAGAGAGAAGAAAAGUAGUUGCUGAACAACCCAUGGAUGCAUCAGGGGAUAUUAUAUUGGAUUCUGAAGGCUUGGAGUCUUCUGGCGCUCUAGUUGGUGUAUGUCCGGACAUGUGCCCAGAGUCAGAAAGAAAGGAACGUGAGAGGAAAGGAGAUCUUGACAAGUUUGAACGCUUAGAAGGAGAUCGAAAUCAGACCACCGAAUCACUUGCUGUAAAAAAGUACAAUAGGACAGCUGAGAGGGAAGUGGACUUGAUAAGGCCCUUGCCGGUCUUGCAGAAGACUGUGUCCUAUCUUCUGGAUUUGCUAGAUGGACCUUACAGUGAAAAUUUUCUGCCUUUGUACAACUUUCUGUGGGAUAGGAUGAGAGCAGUCAGAAUGGACCUUAGGAUGCAGCACAUAUUCAAUCAUGAUGCUAUAACCAUGCUGGAGCAAAUGAUAAGGCUUCACAUAAUAGCCAUGCAUGAAUUGUGUGAAUACACGAAAGGAGAGGGCUUCUCAGAGGGCUUUGAUGCACAUCUCAACAUUGAACAAAUGAACAAGACGUCAGUGGAGUUAUUUCAAAUGUAUGAUGACCAUAGGAAGAAAGGAGCCAACAUACCGUCAGAGAGAGAAUUCAGGGGUUAUUAUGCACUUCUCAAACUGGACAAACAUCCUGGCUAUAAAGUUGAACCGGCAGAGCUCUCACUUGAUCUUGCUAAGAUGACUCCAGAGAUUAGACAAACCCCAGAGAUCCUAUUUGCUCGUGAUGUAGCGAGGGCUUGCAGAACUGGUAAUUUUAUUGCCUUCUUUCGGCUGGCUCAAAAGGCAACCUAUCUUCAGGCGUGUCUGAUGCAUGCCCAUUUUGCCAAGUUGCGAACACAAGCACUUGCUUCCUUACACAGUGGUCUGCAAAAUAGCCAGGGAAUUCCUAUAGCUCAAGUUACAAAAUGGCUCGGAAUGGAGGGAGAAGAUGUUGAAAGGCUUCUGGAGUACCACGGUUUCGUGAUAAAAGAAUUUGAAGAACCGUAUAUGGUGAAGGAAGGUGCAUUCCUUAGUAGUGAUGAGGAUUUUCCAACUAAGCGCUCGCAGCUUGUUCUGCUCAAGAAGUCGAGAACAAUUUUUGAGGAUGUUUCUUUUGAUCAGGCCAAAUUGCCAUUCAAAGAAGUCAAACAAGUUGGAAUAUCAACUAAACAGUUGCAGUUAGCGAAAACAAAAGGUUUGCAUGACCAACAGAUGCCCGACCUCAAAUCUUACUCUGCUAAACGUGUAUCACAAGCACAGCCUGUUUACUCCCCUCCUAAACGUGCAUCACAAGCACAGAUUGUGUUUGAAAUGCCAACGUCAAUAAAUCCAAUCACCAGUAAUCAGCAAUGGCCCGAAGUUACUUUCUCGCCAAGCAUUCACCCUUCAAGUCUUUUUGCAUUGUCCCCACCAGCAGUGGCUAGAGUCACUCAAGCAGAGACCCCUCAAGUUUCUGUGGAAAUGAAUCCUAGCUCUUUUCCAAAGGUAACACCCCUGAAAACUAUGAGAAGAGCCAUAUCCAUGGAGAGAACCCAAGUGUCGUAUGUUGAGUCAGCGCCUCUGGCUGUAGUAACCAUUCCCGAACAAAAUAUAGAAGUUACGGUUAUUCCCCAAAAAGAAGAAAAUGAAGAGCCGAUAGUCACUGAUCAAGAAGAGGAAGCAGCAGCAGAAGAAGAAGAUGAUGAAGAAGCAGCUAAGCUGGUUCAGCAAGAAAAUGAGGCUGCCACAGCAAAGCUUAAGCUUGUCCUAAGGAUGUGGAAAAGGCGUUCUGCGAAACAAAAGCAGGCACGCGAACAAAGGCAGUUGGAAGCAAUUGCAGCAUUAAAUUCUUUGUCAUUUGGUCCACCAAUCCGACAAAACAAACCAAAACUACGCCAUGCUGGUGAGCUUAACAUUGAUCGUCUCCUGAGGGAGAGAAGAGAAAGGCAUGCAGUCUCAUGGUCAAGGCUUAAUGUUUCUGAAGUUGUAGCCACCAUACUUGGUGAAAGAAACCCAGAUGCGAAAUGCCUUUGCUGGAAACUUAUUCUGUGUUGUCAGACUAGGAGUGCACAAACUAAUUCAGCAGCUUCGUGGUUGCGGUCUAAGCUGAUGGGUAUUGGAAAUGAAAAUGAUGAUGAGCUAGCAGUCUCCACUCCAGACUUAUCUAUAUGGAAGAAAUGGACUGUUAGUAAUUUGAGUGAAGACCUCUGUUGUUUAUCUGUUAUUCGAGAUUUAGGAGGUGAUAAAACCGAUGAUGCAGUUGCUGGUUCUGGUGCCAUCGUAUUUCUUGCAUCACAUGGAUUAUCAUGGGAGCUUCAGAAAACUUCCUUAAACAACCUUUUGGUUUCCUUGCCCUCUAAUUCGCGUGCACCUCUCCUGAUCUUGAGUGAUACGUAUGAGGAGCAGGUCGAGAAUUCAUCAUCGACGAUUGUCAAUAAAUUGGGGCUUCAUUAUAUCGAUAAAACAAGGAUUAGCAGUUUCUCAGUCCUCUACCUUCUUGAGAGCCAGCAAGCAGAUAACCUGGAUGGAUUUUUCAGUAAUGAUCGGUUAGUAGAGGGAUUACAAUGGCUAGCAGAUCAAGCACCUUUACAACCUGUUCUUCGUUGUCUUAAAACACAUGAACUUGUAAUGGGCCACGUCAACAGGUCACUAGAGUUGCUUGAAAGGAAGGAUGUUUCUCUAGUGGGUCCCGAUGAGUGCAUCUCGGUUUUCAAUUCUGUACUGGAUAGAGCAACCAAGGAAGUUUCCUGUGCAGCAGAUAUGAAUUAUGCCUGUUGGCCUUGUACUGAGAUUGGUUUAUUGGAGGAAUAUAGUGACGAGCAUAGAGCUGUCCAGUUAUAUUUACCAAGUGCCGGGUGGAGCACAUCUGCUUCAAUUGAACCCAUCAUAAGCACAAUACAGAGCUGCGAACUUCCAGUUUUUGGUGAUGAUCUGUCUUGGCUGAACCAUGGUUCUGAUGUGGGUGAGGACAUCCAGAACCAAAAAUCAGAACUGGAGAAGUGUUUAAUCAUGUACCUGGUACAUUCAAGUAAGAUGAUGGAUUGGCAAUUAGCAACAAUGGAGGCAAGCAUAAUGCUGCAAAAAAGUGCUCACCUGGAGCUCCAUUGUUCGAGUUUCCGUAUAGUUCCAAGAUGGGCAGAUAUUUUUAGACGAAUUUUUAAUUGGCGAUUAAUGAAUUUGAGAAGCGGGGCAUCAUCAGUUGCUUAUGUUUUGGCAAACCAGAGUGUGUCCUGCUCGGAACCCUGUCAAGAGACGUCUCCUUUGAAGUGGCGGUCGAGACAGACAGACAUGUAUAUCGACUCUCCCAUUUCUCAACGUGACGAUAACUCGACGUUAGGUGAAAGUGGAUCUACUUAUGCCCUAACAAGACCUUCUCUAGAUGAAAUGGUUGAAAUUGGAUGUACCCCUCUUCAGCGCAGAAGCAACCAAUCGACAACUAAGGCCAUUGAACCUAUUCCAAUGAACUUUGACCAAGAUGAUAAUGAUACAUUGGAGGCUGCUACUAACUACGGCUCGAAGGAAAGCGAAUAUACAGAAAGUGAAUUUACAGUAAGACAGAAUACUUAUCUAUCUCAUGGUAAUGAUAUGGUAGUCGAUGUUAAGGAAAUUCCUGAAGUUAACAAGUUGGACAAAUUACUAGAACGGUGUAACAUGCUGCAAAAUAUGAUAGACAAAAAGCUAUCCAUAUAUUUUUGAUACGACAAUACUUUUAACCAUUGUAUUUUGAAAUGAGAGAAUAGUAAUGAAUGUCUGUUGUAUAGUCUUGUUAUCCUACACUGUACUGAAAUUUCUACUUGGGAAAAUUUGGGGAGACCGGCCGGGAAACGGUGCUCCCUUGCCUAGCCAAAUUAAGCCAUCUGGCGAAGAAGAAAAUCUCUUCCUUGUCUUCAAACGAAAACCCUAAACAUCCAACGAAUACUGCUUCAAAUAACCUGAUGUCAGGAUUUGUGAGUACUGGAAAAAUGCCUGGUCUAUUGUCUCCCAAUCAAGAUCAAUCUUCUGAAGAUUCAGGUGCAGAAACUACCUCGAUUGAUGGUUUUCCUGGGAAAUCAUUGGAUUUGAGUAUAAAAUGGUUGCAACCAUGUCUUGCCGAGUUGAAUAACUCGAUACCUGGUUUUGGCAACUUUAGUGAUGCUGACAAAGGGAAACUCAUCAUCAACCGGUUUUUGUUAUCUGACAUGAAGUUGUCUUGUGGUGGCGGCCAUGGUAUGCUUCCUAAAGAUAUUGAUACUUCACAUGGUAUUAUUCUUCGCGAUGCUCUUGUUCUUCAGGUUAAUGAGAUAGUUGAUUUAACUUAUAAUCCAGAUCAUAGACUUGUGGGUGCACCUCCAGGGUUUCAGAGGGUGCUUAUGUUGUCUAUGACUGAUGGUGUUCAAUGUGUAUAUGGCAUAGAGGACAGACCUAUCAAAGAUCUUCAAGUUUUUGGUUGCCGUUGAUAAUGUUUAGGUUCGUGGAUGGGUAUCUAAUGCUGGAGCCUGGACACUUGAAAGUACUUGGUGGAAUGGUGGAACAUUUGGAAGCUGAACGUCAGAGAUCAAAAGAAUUUUUAAGAAUGCAAGAUUGGAUAAAGGCUACACCUAAACCUGCUGCUUGGAAAUCUAAAGGUGUUGACAGUGGAGCCAGCGGUGUUGGUAGUUAUUUCAUUGCUGACAAUUCAACUUGGCAUGAUGCAUUUUCCUUUAGACCAUAUAUCCAAGAUUGGGCUGUGGAGAAGAUGGAUGUUAUGCCAUCCUUCUGGAGUAAACUCAAGCAACAGGAAGAAGCAUUACUGGAUUCAAAGGAGUUAGAGGAGAUGCUGCAGUCCCCAAGAACCGGGAUCCAGAGCUCGCAGAGAAGCAAUCAGUUGGUCAGCAGAAAGAGAUGGCGGGGAACACAUUUCGGGCAAACACCACUUGGGAGGCAGACACCACUUAUGAGACCUCAUUGGAGCAAUUGAAUGCAAUUAUAGCAGCUGCUGAAACCACUUGUGCGGCUGCUGAAACCACUUGUGAGACUUUAUUGCGUCAAAUUCAAAAAAUAUGGGAUGAGGUAGGUCCGUGUGAACCUGGGAUGCUGCAUCAGUUAAAACAGGAGUGCUUGGAUGUUUGCAAGAGAAAAGUUAAUGAAACUGUAAAGUCAGAAGCACAAUUGGAGCAAUUACAACAUACCUCUAGCCAACCUUAUGCCAUGGAUGAUGAAUGCCGUGAGAUUUUGCUUCAAAUACAACGGGAAUGCUUGAAUGUUUACCAGAGAAAAUUUGAUCAAGAUAAAAAGUCAAGAGACUACCUUCUCAAGGAGAUGGAUCUUGAGAAGGAAGAACUUAUUAGUCUUGCUUCAGUUCUCGGAGAGCAGUUUGUUUUACCCAACGAGUCAGCAGUAAUGGAGAAACAAUUUUCAGACAUGCUUAUAGAAGUAGAGCGACUUCAGUGGUUGAAAGAUGCAAGGGAGGAGAAGUUUGCUGAUGUACAAUCACAGAUUCAAAAGAUACUUGAGGAAAUUGGGGGGACUUCGAAACUUCCCGAACAGGCAAAGGCUUGAUGCGGAAGACUUGUCGUUGAAAGCGUUGGAAGCAUUGCAAACUCAACUCCUGGAGCUUCAGGGUGCCAGGGCCAAGUUUCGUAAGGAUAAAAAAUUAUUACAGAUGGUAGAGUCGGUAUUUUGUGAGAUAAGAAAAGAGAAGAUGAAGGGGCUUGAAAAGGAGGAGGAGAUGACUCACAUUGAAACUGAUCCAGACGCUGCUCGAAGGAAAAUAACGUCUCUCUUCGACCACAGUGAAGAAAUGUUGCGCCAGGUUAAAAAUUGGAUGUCAGCAUGCAAAUUAUAUAGUUGGCUGGAAGACUAUAACCAGGAAGAGAACAGUUCCAGGUCCAGCACAGGGGCAGAUCUAAAUCUCAAUUGCGCAGUCGAAAUUAGGGCAAGAAAAACCGGCCAGGAUUCGGCGCCCCCUUGCCUAGCCAAAAGAAAAAGAAAAUCUGAAUUUCUGUUUCAGUCAGCCAUCUGAAUUUGAAUUUCUGUUUGGUGGAAUCAUGGGUGUGUACAAGUGGUAUCACUGUCAACAAGAAAAAGAAAAUCAUGUCAAGCCAUGAGUUAUGGAGUAUAUUUUUGAUGCGACAAUACUUUCAACACUGCUGUAAAUUGAAGAGAAAGAAUAGCAAUGAAGGUCUCUCUUGUAGUCCUCUUAUCCUUUGUACAUGAAUUUUUUCAUUCCGAGAGAAAAGCUGAAUUCAACAAU